AAGUUAUAUAUAGCUUUAGAAAUAAAGGGAAGCAAAGUGUCACUGUUCAUACAAUGGAGGUUUGACAUAUCUGAGCGACUUGCUUUAAUCUUAUCUGCGCCGGUGUCCGGCUUAAAUAAUGUUUGCGUUUGAUUUACUUCAGUGGAAAUUAAAUAUAUAGGUUAGUAUCAUCUUCAAAAAUGGUUGCAAAUACACUGAGUUUGGAAAAUGAAGUAUUUGUGACAUUUGCUUUUUACGCAGCUGUUGUGAUUUUCAAGACGAUAUUAAUGAGUGUUUGGACAGCAAGAUUUCGCCUCCCGAGAAAGACACCCCCACUCCCUGAGGAUUACUCACUAUUUACCGAGAAUGGACCAAAAUCUAUAAAUACAGUUCACAGAGACCCCGACAUUGAGAGAGUCAGGAGGUGCCAUCGAAACGACCUUGAAAACGUCAUUCCCUUCGUUCUGAUUGGAUUACUGUAUGUUCUCAUCGGACCGAAUGCUGUUACUGCCACUUGGCACUUUCGGAUUUUUGCUGGAUGCCGGUUGCUAUACACAUUUGCUUUUUUGAAUGGGAUUUCAGUAGCAAGGGCUCCAGGGUUUCUAGGUGGACUUGGAGUUAAUAUAUCAAUGUCACUACAAGUUCUGUCAGCAACAAUGAAAUACAUGUGAUUAAAAACCAAAAGGUUCGGCCUACAUAUAACAAUGGUGUUAAAAUGACCCAAAGCCAAAGAGUUGGAAAGACAUCGACAAUUGACGUCAAAGCUUUAUUUUCGUUGCGUUGCUGAUAUCUUUAUCUUGAUAACCUUAACACACGUUAUUAUAUUUUUAUUUCGAGAUGUGGAGAAAAACUAUGCACAUUAUACAUGGGUAAACACGUGCGGAAAUAGUGUGACACAGUAGAUGUUGUUGGAACAUUAUUAACUACUUCUGUGUUUCGUUUUAUUUUUGCAACUGCUAUAUACGUACAAUAGAUCGUUGACAGAAACACUUUGUAGAAAACUCCCUUGUCUCGAAUUUGAACGUAACACUGAAGGUCAGCCUCAAACCAAAGUGUUUAAAAUACUAAUAACAGUUACUGUAAAGCAUCACUCCGGUAGCUCACAUAUUCACAAAUCAUUUAGAUACAACAUAUAGCAAAUUGAAUGUUUGCGGAAAUAAAACCUUUCGAUAGUGUUA